AUGACCUGUUCAGGCGAUUUUGCGGAAAAGGGAAAAAAUGCAGACAUGCAUUUGGAGCGAGUGGAGCGGCUGGAACGGCAGGAUCAGCAUGAACGGUGGGAACCGCUUUAUGUAGACCGGACGGGGAGCACCACCUGUGAGGGGGACGCGGACCACGUAGGGGAGGCCCCCCCGGGGGAAGAAAACACGUUCGAGCGUGUUAACAUUAAAGAGGUGCCAGACGAAUACAAAUUUAUUUUCGAGAGGCCGAAGCAUAUCGCACACGUGGAUGACGAGCCAGUGGUGAGGAGACCAGGAUGCAUAAUAGACAUAAAAACUCUGUUAAGAAACAAUUGGACCUUCCCAGCGGUGGGAUUUAACAGCAAGUUAGAAAUCCCUGUGUACAAAUUUGAAUGCAGCCCUGAUGACGAAAAUAUAAAGUACGUGAGUGUGCCGAACGAUAUAUUCGGCUUGCCAAUCAGGCCGGACAUACUGCACAAGUGUUAUUAUUUUUACAGAACUGCCCUGGCAGGGUACACAGAGCGAAUGCAGCUGUACAAAUGGGAGUGGCCAGGCAGCACGAAGAAGUAUAGGAGUCAAAAAAAAAGUGGAAAGGCCAGAAUGAAUUGGAGAAAAACGUGUGGAAGAUAUUUGGGAGUGAAAAAUCAUCCCCUCAGGCCAUUCGACCAGAGGACCAAAAUAAACAGAAAACUUUUGUGGAGGGGAAUGAAAAUUAUUCUGUCAGCCAAAUUUGCGCAGGACCAAAUAAAAGUCGUAGACAAUUUUUUAAUAAAAUCACACAAAACGAAAUAUGCUGUAAAAUAUUUAAGAAACAUUUUGGGGAACAACUGCAACAGCGCUUUGCUUGUCCACGAAGGAAAAACAGACGUGAACGAUAAUUUUUUUUGGGCGUGUGCAAAUAUAGCUAGCGUUAAAAGGGAGAAUGUUCAGGGAGUAAAUAUUUAUAAUUUGCUGAAGUAUCGAUUUGUUGUCUUCACAUAUAAAGCAUUGCAAAAUUUAACUUACGAAUUGAAAACGUAUCCACACAAAAUGAAGUGGCUUCCUACCUGUGCUACUCCCGACAGUUGUGCGGCGCCCGUACCAGAGAAAGUCAAAAAUUGGGAUAUCACUUGGAAGGAAAAGAAAAGGAGAAAUAAUUUCGCCUUCUUUGAUAAAGAGGCUUUAAAAAAAAAUAUAGAAGAGUGGAAAUGGAGCAGCGAUUUGAAAGGCGCUCUUAAGGUUAAGAAGAAGGACCCCUACAUGAAUUUCAUUUUGACCAAAUUUUCCUGCCAUGAGCCCCUUCCCGAAUUUGUUAAAUAUGAGUACCUCUUCAAUGUUGAGGACUCUCUCGAGGGCGCGCACGGGGACGUUGCCGCGGAUGCUGCCGCGGACGCGGGGGGCAUCCUCGAGGAGAUGCUCAAGGAAGACGACGAGGACGACUGCUUGGAGGGCCGCUCGGCGUUGUCCGCGCUAGGCCUGGGCCCAGCCGGAAACGACCGAGGAGAAGUGGGCAGGGAAGGAGCCCACGACGAUGCCAGCGAUGGUGACAGCGAUGCAGACAGUGAUGAUAGCAGCUAUGGUGACAGUGAUGGGGAGUACCCCGAUGAGGAGCUCCCCCCGAGCGCGUAG